AUGGCCUUGGUAGCUGAAAGAGACGUUCUCCGUGGUAUGGGGCGUGGUCGCCACGCUGGAAAUCAGCGCUGGAGACAACUUGUGAGAAAUAGUUUGGUUGCGUACAAUGGAGCAAAUAGGGACGACAGAAUGCUUAUGGCAGGUUUGAUUGUCUUGGAAGUCCAAGACUCUGGUGGCCGUUUCUUGGAGCACGAUGACAACGUAGGUUAUUUGGAGAUGUCAAAUGAAGAUGCAGCGCGCAUGACAAGGCAAUGCUUCAUAAACCUGCUCUAUCGAAUGAGACGUAUUAAUGAUGCAUCACGGUUUUUCAACAAUUGGGCCAACGGGAAUGUUGACCAGUUGUGUGAUACGCUACGAACAACUCGCAUAGUGAAAGACUUGACUGCCAAAUUCUCCACCAAUGCGAAUUUCGCAAAGUUGGUUGGGGCCUUGGAGGAAAACCAGUCGCUCAAGAAAUUUUCUCUGGACCUAAGUAUUUGCAAAGAUUUUGAAAGCACCGAAUCCAUGAUUUCCAUGCUUUGCACAGCAAUAUCCAAGCAUCCCGUGGUGUCAAGUCUAACAAUCCUGAUACCAGCUUUGGGAAAGGAUUCAACGAAAGCCAUUACCGAUCUGAUUCGCGUUUCCAUCACACUCAAGGAACUGCGAGUGGUGGAUAGUAUGACACUCUCGUACACUGCUACUGCUGCCCCUCAACGUAAUGGGGACUGCGCCUCCUCGAAGAAGCUCAUGAAAGCGUUGCAAGAGAAUCAACACUUGAAGAUUCUGGCCAUCCCAUGCCGUAUCGCGGGUGGUCUCAUCAGAUUCUCAGACUUCAUGAACUAUGUCUGGAACAGUCCUCGUGUUGAAUCCGCGAGUCUUUUGGGAAUGGGUGAGAAGGACACAACGGAUGCUGGUCUCAAGGAGGUGGCCGAACUGCCCCGCCGUCAAAUGCCAUUGAUUUGGGGAGUCGAUUCGAGAAUGGCCAACCUUUGCCAAGAAUCGGUAUGCCAACUACUGGAAGCUCACCCGGAAAUCUUAAUCAAGCCAGCAGUCACUACGAUAGGUAGCACCAUCGUUAAUGCCUUGCCCCCCAGAGUGCAAUUUUGGGCAGCUUUUCAUCGAGGCGGUCGUUAUCUUUUGAAACGUCCCUAUCUUUCUUUGUCGGUAUGGCCUCAUGUGAUGCAAGCUGCGAAACCAGAUUUGAUCUACGAGUUUCUAAAACAAGGUCCAUUCUUUGCGGGACGUACGGGCGGCUUUGCAAUACAAAGCAACGAACUACCAGCACCACCAAAGAAGAAGUGGAUUUCGAGAAAGAGAAAGUCAGACGAGAUCAGUGCUGAUCUUGCGGAUGUAUAA